AAAGUAUUCCUAGGGUUCGCACGAUAUAUAAUCCUAACCCCGUCAAUUACCUAUUCUCUUCGCAGAGGCUGAGAGAUCAGAAACCACAGCAGCAAGUCAUCAAUUCCUCACAGCCGCCGCCAUGGUGAAGUACUCGAAAGAGCCCGAGAACCCGACUAAGUCUUGCAAGGCUAGGGGUUCUGAUCUCCGUGUUCAUUUCAAGAACACAAGGGAGACAGCGUUUUCCAUCAGGAAGUUGUCAUUGGUUAAGGCAAAAAGUUACUUGGAAGAUGUCAUUGCCCACAAGCAGGCAAUCCCUUUCAGGAGGUUUUGCCGUGGUGUUGGCCGAACUGCUCAAGCUAAGAACAGAGGUCAUCCCAAUGGACAGGGUCGUUGGCCUGCCAAGUCUGCCAAGUUUGUUCUCGAUUUGUUGAAGAAUGCAGAAAGCAAUGCUGAGGUUAAAGGGUUGGAUGUCGAUGCUCUUUACAUUUCUCAUAUCCAGGUGAACCAGGCUCAGAAACAAAGACGUCGUACUUACCGUGCACAUGGAAGGAUCAACCCUUACAUGUCCAGUCCUUGCCACAUUGAGCUUACCUUGUCUGAGAAGGAAGAGCCCGUCAAGAAGGAGCCCGAGACCCAGGUUGCGACUACUGGGAAAUCAAGGAAGUCUCAAGCUUUGCGAAGCGGUGCAUCUUCUUAAGCGUGCCCGUAUUAUCCUGUGUUUCAGAGAGUUUUUGUUUGUUUUCCUAAACUAGAGUUGGUGAAGUCUAUUUAGAAGAAGUGAAUCGAACUUGAUACAUUCAGUGGAGUUUUGUAUCUGCCUUUUAUUGUUCUAUCAAGAAUUUUGUGGGUGGAUAUUGUUGUUUUCCCCUUUAUGAGGUUGGUUUAUGUUUUUCCAUUGUGGAAGACUUCUCCCUCUUCUCAGUUCCUUAAAUGGAAGGAAACUUAAUGCUGGUUGGUUAUCAGGUAUACAGUAUACGUUACGAUCUUGAUUAGCUUGUAGGAUAUACAAGUUCUGCUCAAACUCUCAUAACAAGUAUCUCAGCCGGUUGGU